AUGUCGGACCAGUGGAUGAACCUCCCGAGCUCCUGGUCGCUCCAAAAUGUCCAAGCUGUGCUCACUGUGGUGGUGAGUGCUUUGAGCGCUCUUAUGAUCUGGGUCACGACUCGCACCUUUUGGAGACGGGGUGCAAUUCCGGUGACAAAGGAGAGCCGAACCGUUCCGAUUCUGUCGCUUUUGACGAUCUCUUCCUUGGGAGAGGUGUUCGAUACGCUCAAAGUCUUCAAACUCCGAGUUUUGUCGGUUCGAUAUCUUGCGAUUUGCGUACAAUGCAUUGUCGUCGUCAUAUUCUCGCUGUCAGGGAUGCUCUCUGGCCCUAUCGCUAGAUUCUCGUCCCGAAUGGGAGUUGAAGAAAGGGGACAGGAGAAGAUUGUUUCUGCGUUGGUCAAGUGGAAUGAAACGCAACAAUCAUUGACCAGAGCGGGUUUCCCAACGGACCAGUUGCUUGAUUUCUUACCCGAUCCCAGUCGACAUUGGUUUUAUCGAGAAGAUGAAUGGAAUUCAAGCUGGUCCGCCCGGUGUGAUUUCAUCCCCGCUACUCCAGUCGAGCUCCAGUCAACCGGCAACCGCAGCGAUACGCUACUCUACACUCAGGUGUCAGGUCUAAAGGACCUUACUCCAGAGCGUUUUCACAACAAGUCCGUGUAUUUGGGCAGAUACCAACUUGCGGCGUUUGAGGAGAACCGCGGCAACUAUCGUGACGUGUUGCUCUUCGUCUUACGGUAUCCCGAUGGAUGGACGCGCGCGAAUUUCAACUGGGACAAACGGAUGUCCUUUUCGAUUUUGUCUGUUCACAUGCAUAACGCGCCACGGCCAUCGGAUAUGGAUGGAGACGGAAUCUCCUUCGGUGAAGGCAAAAUUGAAAAGGCGUCAUAUACCCGGACGGAUUGCGAUCUCACUCGCAUCGAAAAAAUGCCUGAUGACCUUCAGUUUGCAUAUCCGCACACGCUGGAUGCCGAUUCGAUUGUCCAAGCCUAUGCCGACUAUUAUCGACCGAAUUUGAUACAGCAAUCCAUCGCAAAUGCAUCUAUCUCUCCGCCGUCCCCCGAAGAACUGUUUCAGUUCUACCAGGUCUAUAUGAUUACCAAAGAUACACAAUUACCCCAUUCCGUACAGCGAGUAAUAACAGUAGAAGUGCCGACCGUCGAACUGUCCAUUGCAUGGCUUGCAGUUGUUUUGUUUUUCUUUUGCGUUGUGAUAUUGGGGUUAAUAUUGUACAUCGUCUUCCUCUUCAAACAGAGGUCAAGACUUAGCGGUAUUCCCAACUCGAAACUGGACUGGAUGGCAAUAUCUAUCAAAGAAGCAACUGGACAGCUAAACAAGCCUGAUCACAUUGGCCAUACCAAUGACCAGGACAAGGAUGCUACUGAAAUUGUUAGACCGACUCAGCCCAUGGAAAGCACUGGUCAGACCACAUGGGAACAGCUAAAAUCAGCCAAAUUUGGCCCUAUCCGGCAAUCCUCAGGUUCGCUUGGGACAUUGAAGAUCCAAUUGCCAUAG